GCGUCGGGCGCCCGGGGCGCGUGCGCGGCGGCAGCUGUCACCCUGUGCGGAACAAGUCUUCCAGAUCUCCCCGGGAGGGAGUCCGCCCCGGGUUUCCCCUUCCUUGCCCUGCUGGUCGUCUCCUCCGCGCCGCAGAGAUAUUCCUAGCUGUCAUGGAGGUGGCGGAGGAGAGUCCCCCAAACCCCAGCUGUAAGAUAAUGACCUUCAGACCCUCCAUGGAAGAAUUCCGGGAAUUCAACAAAUAUCUCAUAUACAUGGAGUCUAAAGGAGCUCACCGAGCAGGUCUUGCAAAGGUGAUUCCUCCUAAGGAGUGGAAGCCAAGACAGUGCUAUGAUGAUAUUGAUAAUUUGCUUAUUCCGGCACCAAUUCAACAAAUGGUCACAGGGCAGUCGGGACUGUUUACUCAGUACAACAUCCAGAAAAAAGCCAUGACUGUGAAGGAGUUCAGGCAGCUGGCUAACAGUAGCAAAUACUGUACCCCAAGGUACUUGGAUUAUGAAGAUUUGGAGCGCAAAUACUGGAAAAAUUUAACUUUUGUGGCACCUAUCUAUGGCGCAGAUAUUAAUGGGAGCAUAUAUGAUGAGGGUGUGAAUGAAUGGAACAUAGCUCAUCUCAAUACAGUCUUAGAUGUGGUUGAAGAAGAGUGCGGUAUUUCUAUCGAGGGUGUCAAUACUCCUUAUCUCUACUUUGGAAUGUGGAAAACCACAUUUGCAUGGCACACCGAGGACAUGGAUCUCUACAGCAUUAAUUAUCUCCACUUUGGAGAGCCCAAGUCUUGGUAUGCUAUACCCCCGGAACAUGGCAAACGACUUGAAAGACUAGCCCAAGGUUUUUUCCCAAGCAGUUCCCAAGGGUGUGAUGCAUUCCUUCGCCACAAGAUGACGCUGAUUUCUCCAUCAGUAUUGAAGAAGUAUGGUAUUCCCUUUGACAAGAUCACCCAGGAGGCUGGGGAGUUUAUGAUUACUUUCCCAUAUGGCUACCAUGCUGGUUUCAAUCAUGGCUUCAACUGUGCUGAAUCUACAAAUUUUGCUACUGUCAGAUGGAUUGACUAUGGAAAAGUUGCUAAAUUGUGCACUUGCAGGAAUGACAUGGUGAAAAUUUCAAUGGAUAUAUUUGUGAAGAAAUUUCAGCCGGACAGAUAUCAGCUUUGGAAGCAAGGAAAGGAUAUAUAUACCAUUGACCACUUGAAACCCACUCCAGAAUCUACCCCUGAAGUAAAAGCAUGGCUGCAAAGGAGGAGGAAAGUUAAAAAGUCCUUUAGGAGAUAUUUUCUUCUUACUACCACUCUUGUUUAUAGCUUCCAGGGAUAUCGAUCUUACUCUAAAAGGCCCAAGGCCGAGGAUGAUGAGGAAGAAGUCAGAGAAAAGCCAGAAGAAGUGCUGGAAAACACAGAAGAAAAGACUUCUGCCAGCAGUAUGCAAGAAGAUCAGAGCAUAGGGGACAGCACUAAACUCUCAGGAAUUAGCUGCUCAAAUACCUCUGUGAUUGAAGAAGAACAAAGUGAAGAUGACAAAGCCUGUGCCAGAAAUCUGCUUUCUGAGCCUGUGCACAUGGAGGCUAGUGAUUCCAUUCCAUUCACAAGUGACCACUUGAAGGCUGAGAAAUUACACCAACCUAAAGUCCCAUGGUCAGAAUCUCCCAAGAUGUCUUCCUCAGUAGCAGAAAGUAAUGUAUCUACAGAAGGAGUGAAACAUGAUAUGGAGGGCCAUGUUGGUAACCUUGGACCUGAGAAAAUAUCAACAGUUCUUAAUGAAAAAAAUGGCUUCAAAGUUCCUAAUAUAAUAGAGGAAAAGACUAAAUCUUCCAAGAGUUGGCGCCACCCACUUAGUAAGCCUCCAGCCAGAUCCCCAAUGACCCUCGUGAAGCAGCAGACAGCCAUUGAUGAAGAAUUGCCUGAGGUUCCAUCCAUGGAAGUGGAAAUGGAAGAAACAGAAUCUUGGGCAAAGCCUCUCAUCCACCUUUGGCAGACUAAGUCUCCAAAUUUUGUGGCUGAACAGGAGUAUAAUGCAGCAGUGGCAAAAAUGGAGCCAUACUGUGCCAUCUGUACUCUUCUUAUGCCAUAUUAUAAGGCAGAGAGCAGCAAUGAAGAAAAUGAUUCUAGAUGGCAGGCAAAAUUAGAUGAAGUGGUUACAUCUGGAGGAAAGACCAAGCCCAUCAUUCCAGAGAUGUGUUUCAUUUAUAGUGAAGAAAAUAUAGAAUAUUCCCCUCCCAAUGCUUUCCUAGAAGAGGAUGGAACAAGUCUUCUGAUUUCGUGUGCAAAGUGCUUUGUACAAGUUCAUGCAAGUUGUUAUGGUGUUCCUUCUCAUGAAAUCUGUGAUGGUUGGCUAUGUUCUAGGUGCAAAAGAAAUGCAUGGACUGCAGAAUGCUGUCUAUGCAACUUGAGAGGAGGAGCUCUUAAGCAGACUAAAAACAAUAAGUGGGCCCAUGUCAUGUGUGCCGUUGCAGUCCCAGAAGUUCAAUUCACUAAUGUCCCAGAAAGGACACAAAUAGAUGUAGGCAGAAUACCUUUGCAGAGGUUAAAAUUGAAAUGCAUCUUCUGCAGACACCGAGUAAAGAAGAUCUCUGGAGCUUGCAUCCAGUGUUCCUAUGGCCGCUGCCCGGCUUCCUUCCAUGUCACCUGUGCGCAUGCUGCAGGGGUACUGAUGGAGCCUGAUGACUGGCCUUAUGUAGUGAACAUCACAUGUUUCCGACAUAAAGUCAGUUCAAAUGUGAAGGCCAAGACUGGUGAGAAAGCCAUCUCUGUGGGCCAGACAGUCAUCACAAAGCAUCGGAACACGCGGUAUUACAGCUGCAGAGUGAUAGCUGUGACAUCCCAAACCUUCUAUGAGGUCAUGUUUGAUGAUGGCUCUUUCAGUAGAGACACAUUCCCUGAAGAUAUUGUGAGUAGAGACUGUGAGAAGCUUGGUCCUCCUGCCGAGGGAGAAGUCGUUCAAGUCAAGUGGCCUGAUGGCAAGCUCUAUGGGGCAAAGUACCUUGGAUCAAACAUUGCCUACAUGUACCAGGUUGAAUUUGAAGAUGGAUCCCAGAUAGCAAUGAAGAGAGAAGACAUCUAUACCUUAGAUGAAGAGUUACCUAAGAGAGUGAAGGCUCGUUUUUCCACAGCCUCUGACAUGCGCUUUGAAGACACUUUUUAUGGAGCAGACAUAAUUCAAGGAGAGAGGAAGAGACAACGGGUGCUAAGCUCCAGGUUCAAGAAUGAGUAUGUGGAUGACCCUGUGUAUCGCACUUUUCUGAAGAGUUCUUUCCAGAACAGAUGUCAGAAGAGACAAUAGUCUACAUACAACUCUGCAAACAGCAGAGCAGCUCAGGCCAGAGGAGGAAGAGAAAGGGGCUGCCUUGGGGCUAUGCUUUGUGUUUCACUGGGGUGGGUGGCUGGUUACAUCUGGAAGUGGUAAAACUUGAGCUCCCAGAGCUCUGUCACUAAACAGGAUACACAUAUUAAUGGGCUUCUGUAAUCUGAAGUCAUUCAUUAGUCUUACUAUUUUUGUUUUUAGCAGUUGUUUUCCAUGAUCCCAAGUGAUUUUUCUAAGUGAAAAGAAAUGACAGUGAAUUACACACAAAAAAAGGCCACUGCCAGAGAAGAGGCAGGUCCCUAUCUGUACCUCAGGACCCUUCUCAGGAAGUAUGAAGGCUUCUCUCUCAGCUCCAGCAGGUGGGAGCUUCAUCAUCAAAGUGGGAGGGUGAUAAUUUAUAUAUUUUCCACAGUCAGGGAAGGACUCUUACUUGUCUAAAUGACAGUUUUUAUAAAACAUUUUUAAAAACAAAAAUGGCAUGUAUGGUAAUGAGAUUUAGCCAUGUGCUGUCUAUAUUCCCUUGUACAGAACUUUUACAUUUUUUUUAUAUUCCUAAUUUGAUUGUGUCUGAUGAGAACUGAGUUGGCCUUGGUGAGAUGAAAUUUUUGACUCUUGAGAAGAAAUUCUUACAAAGUCUAAGAAUUUUAUAUAUUUAAAGAGAGAGAUCUAGGGCUGUUAUUUUUUAAUACUUUUCAUAAUAUCUAUUGAGUAAAUAUUUAUAAAAUAUGUUUCUUUCAUUAUGUGUUUGGAAAAUUAGAGUUUAAAUAAAUAUGCUUUAAUGCAUAGUUUUGAACUAAUGUAACAUGAUUUUUCUUUUUUAAAACAGCCUGAAAAUGUACUAGUGUUUAAAAAUAAAGAUUUCCAUUUUCUCCUAA